AUGCCGUUGUCGAAGAUGCAACACCACGAACAGUACAGCCGGUCAGCAACAACUACCACUCCAAUGAAUCUAACACGUCAUUCUGGCAACCAGGUCUCUCGACACAAUUUGUUCUCGCCGGCCCAAGUGAUGGAAGGAUUCUCUCAGCUCUCGGUUGGAGAUGGAAAUCCGCACCCCACACUAAUCGACCGGCAUGCAUCUCAAUCGUCGAUUUCGAGUGUGCCUUCUUUGGAUUCCGAGUAUAUUGCAGACACAAAUUGGCAACCCUCUGUCAGCAGUCUAUAUAUACCUUCUCUCCAGGAUUCAACCUGGUGGUUAGAACCUUUUGAAGAGGUCCAGGGUCCUCCACUCGACGCAGACCCGUCUAUUUUUUCUGGGGAUUUGUCGCAACUUGCAUCUCCCGUGGACGCUCUGGACGGCAGCACGCUCCCCCAGGGACAAGUCGACACGAAACUCGACCGCAAGAAGGAACGGCGGAGAGAGCAGAAUCGCCAGGCACAGCGCCGCCACCGCGAACGAAGACAAUUGAAUUUCUGCCUCACGCAGGGCAAGGUCGCCGAGCUGCAGACGGCUCUCGCCGCGGCGCUCGAGCAACAGAAACUCGUCAAGCAGGAAAACAGCCACCUGCGGGGUCGGCUAGCGUCCCUCGAGGCCGAAGUCGACUGCCUCCGGCGGAGUAUGUCGCCGGCGACGUUUGAGAACGGCAAACGUCUCGAGACGCCCUCGGAGUUCGAACUGGGCACGUGA